AUGGGCAACCACGCGCUUAUCUACGGUGCUUCUGGUAUCUCAGGGUGGGCUAUUGUCAAUGCCAUCCUCAACGGAUAUCCUUCCAAAGAUGCUUUCUCAAGGGUCACAGCUAUGGUCAAUCGGCCACUAACACGUGAGAUGGCUCUCUGGCCUGAUGAUCCUAGACUUCAAAUUGUAUCUGGUGUUGAUCUAGUCAAAGGAACGCAGGAGGAGCUGGAGAAGCAAAUCAAAGAGAAGGUCAAGGACGUUGAAACUGUGACGCAAGUGUACUUCUAUUCAUACAAGCAGAUCGAUGAUCCCGACUCCGAGUGCAAGACCAACGAAGCCAUGCUCGAGCGCGCCGUAACUGCGAUCGACCAUCUUUCCUCCAAACUAUCAUUCGUACUCCUUCCCACGGGUACCAAAAUCUACGGCUGCCAGAUGCUGGACAAGUUUCCAUUCGCGAAUGAGCUACCACUCAAGGAGACACUGCCACCCAUUCCCGAGCCAUACCUUUCCCAGCUUUUUUACUACAAUCAGAUCGAUUGCCUGAAACGCAUCUCGAAAGGAAAGAACUGGAGUUGGUGUGAGGUUCGACCAGACAAUAUCAUUGGAUUUGUACCAAACAAUAAUGCGUACUGUCUUGCACAAACACUUGCAUUGUACCUCUCGUUGUAUCGAUCUAUCGAAGGCGAAGGCGCACAUUGUCCAUUUCCCGGAACUUCGAAGUCGUGGAUGAACAAGUACAAUGAGUCUCCGCAAGACAUGGUCGCGCACUUCUCUAUCCAUGCGUCUUUGAAUCCGGAGAAAACGGCAUCACAGAGCUUCAACGUGGGUGGCCAGGAAGACAGCUGGAGCAACAAAUGGGUAGUCAUCUGUAAUUACUUCGGUCUGAAGGGUUCUCCGCCUGGAGCGGACCCACCACAGCCUGGGGCGUACAUUGACGCGCAUAAGAAGGAGUGGGAAGAGCUGGAGAAGAAGUAUAAUCUCAAGAAGGGUAGCGUGGAUAGCGACAUCACGCAUCCAGGAUUCCAGUACUUCAUUAUGACUAUGUUCGACUUCGACCGCCAGAUGAGCAUGGAGGCUUCGCACAAGGUUGGGUAUACAGAGGAAAUUGGAACCAAGGAAACGUGGACGACUGCGUUCGAUCGCAUGAGGAAAGCGAAAGUUAUACCCUGA